UUUGGACCAUGUACACCCGCAGUAGGUUGGUGGGCCCAGGCUCGGGCACUUCCUCCAUCUCUCGGAACCAAGCUGGAGAUGGGCAGCGCAGUGAUCUGGGCCUGAAGCAACACCGGAGGCAGAGUUUGGAGGUAGCGGCUCCUAAGGACUCUACGAUGGAGAGGCAGGGGCACGCUGAGCAGAGUAGCGCAGGCGCGUACACGGUGAUCACCCCGAACGAGAGCCGAAGGCAGAAGUUCCUGAGAGUUGCUGAGCAAGAACUGGCAGACCUGAAGAGGUGGAAGGAGCAGAACAGGGCAAAACUUGUCCACUUGGUGCCACAAAGGCUGGGGGGAAGCCAGUCUGAAUCUGAAGUCAGGCAGAAACAACAGCUCCAACAGAUGCGAUCUAAAUACCAGCAAAAGCUAAAGAGAGAAGAAUCUAUUCGAAUCAGGAAGGAAGCUGAGGAAGCUGAGCUCCAAAAAAUGAAAGCAAUCCAGAGGGAGAAGAGUAAUAAACUAGAGGAGAAAAAGCAACUUCAAGAAAACAUCAGAAGAGACACAUUUCGAGAGCAUCAUCAGUCCAAAACUGCUGAGUUCUUGAGCAGACUGGACACAGAGAGAAACAGAAGUGCCUGUCAAAUUCGUCCUCAUGCUGCCCAGUCCUCAACAUGGAGAUUACCAGUCCUGCCUAGAGAUCCCAUCUCGGCCAGCAGCCAAGCACACAGAAAUUCUCUACGGAAGGAAGACAACCAAAAACUGCAAAAGAUGAAGCACGGACAACAUCAGAAGAAUAAAUUACUGGAAACUAAAGGACAGCACCAAGAAGAAGAAAGAGCCCAGAUCCAUCAAGCUGAGCACCGGAGGGUAAAUAACGCUUUUCUGGAUCGACUCCAAGGCAAAAGCCAACCAGGUGGCCUCGAGCAGUCUGGAGGCUGUUGGACUAUGAAUAGCACCAACAGCUGGGGUAUAUGAGAAAUAGUCACUUCCAUCCUGCCUUCGUCAGCUGACCUUGAGAACCCUCAUGAGAUGCAUUUCCUUAAUGAGAUUUUGUUUGGCUUCAGUCUUAAUUCCUUAACUUCAACUGCCCACCCACUCAACUGAGCAGCUGUGGUGGACAGUUUCUCUGUCAUUAGUUAUGUGAGGACUCAGAGACUAAUUACUGACGCUUGUUUAACCUCUACUACCAGCAUAAUGUUACCUUAUUUUUCCUCAUUAGUCCUGCCUCUUAUUAGAAGGAUAAUUAGAGCAAUGUUAAUAAAAUAGUAAAAGGAAAUCACGUGACAUACAGGAUUGUAAUAGUUUGGAUGCUGUGGGCUUAUAUCUCUCUAAUUGAGUAAUUCUUUUUUCUUUACUAAUUUUUACAUCAGGUUUGGGGAUGUUUUGGAUUUUUUUUAAUUCCUAGUUUCUUAAUCUAGGGUUCAAAUGUGACCAAAAGGAGAUCUCUUAUACUUUCAUAAGCAAAUUUAUAAAUAAACUUUGAACUACUUCUGUAUAAA